CAUACCAUUUGUAGCGUGAUUGCACGUGUGAUGCCGCUAUGUUGCAUCGCUGUGCUGGGUGUGUCGACCGUGGCCGGGUUCCUGGCAUGCUGCCCAUCUCACAAUUUGCGCGGCAUAGUGGGUGUCAGAAGGGCACGGCCAGCCUACCCGCGAGACGAGCCAGAUGUCUCGAGCAUCCUUGCCAGCAUCACAGCCCGCAGGCUACAAUCUGAUGUUGCAGCUUUCAAUUCCUUGAUCAGCACUUGUGCUCGUAGCAUUUUGACGCAACCAGCGCAACAAGUCGUGUCUGCAAUGCACAGACGGUCAGUUCAGCCGACGUUGGUGACAUACAAUUCGUUACUCCACCUGUAUCAGAAGAGCAUCUUGCCGCAGAAGGCAUUUGACACUUUUGGAGAGAUGCUGGCCAGUAGCAUUGAACCGGACGUUAUAUCUUUCAGUAGUCUGAUCAGCGCUUGCGAGAAGAGCCACAGGCUCAAAGAGGCUUUUGACAUGUUUGCUCAGAUGCGUGACAGGAAGCUGCAAGCGAAUGUGAUAGCAUACAGUGCCCUAAUCAGCACGUGCGAGAAAUGCAGUUGUGCACAUAUGGCUGCGCAACUUUUAUCUAACUUAGCCUCUGAAAGACUGCAGCCGGAUGUCAUUAGCUUCAACGCUGUUGUUCGAGCCUUUGCCAAAGGGGGUUUUGCAGACAGUGCAUGGCAAGUUCUUGCCAACAUGAGCGCAGCGUCGGUCACACCCAAUGCUGUGACCUUCAAUUCACUUAUGAGCUCUUAUGAUAAAGCCUGUCAUUGGGGUGAAGCGCUGGUCUUGUGGCAGCACAUGCGGGCGCAAUCUGUCGGCCCGAAUGUGGUAACCUACAGUACGCUGAUCAAUAUUUGCGACAAGCAGAAGCGGCCCGACAUUUCUGUAGCACUUUUUAAUGAGAUGCACGCGCAGCAGCUGAAGCCAAACGUUGUUGCCUGUACGGCGGCCAUUCGGGCCUUGGGCAGAUAUGAUGGCCCGCAGCGUGCUUUGUCCUUGUAUGUGGACUUGCGGCAGCAGGGCGCUCAAAUUGACUUGGCGAUGUACAACUCUAUGCUAACUGUGUGUCAAGAGAGCGGACGGAUAGAGGACGCAUUCAUGGUGUUCCGCCAGAUGCGGCAAGAUCGCGUUGACGCAGACGUUCUGUCGUUCAAUGUGUUGAUCAAACUAUGCAGUCAAAAGCGCCCUUUGCAGGCAAGCAACUUCCUUCAAAUCAUGCUGAUGCAGCAUCUUGAGCCUGAUGCAAUAACAUAUGAUGCUCUUGCAUGUGCAUUGACUUUGCGCCACUCAGACCAAUCAGUGAUGGUGAGCUUGUUGGAGCAGAUGCAGGCGGUGGGAAUGCGAUACUCGCGUGGUCUCAGGCCCGCCUUCCAGGACAGAGAGGUCGUCUCACCGCAUAUGGCUGCACCAGUGUGAUUCACGCUGUGGGAUGUGUCCUUCUUUGGCACACCGAUGAAGCUGCAAGUGCCUCACGAGCCUUGCAGCUUCAUGGACACGGGGCACCUGGAAGGUUUCCUCCGCUGGCACAGAGCCACUUAGUG